AUGGACGCGGACACGCGUGAAGGUCGGGUCAACGGACGGCGCCAACGGCCAACCCCGAUGAAGUCGAUUGCGCUGUUGCUGGUUGUAUCUGCUGCCGCGGUGGCUGCGUCGGACGUGACGACGGAUGUGGCGGCUCGUCAAGGCGUGGUCUCGAAGGAGGGUCAGCGCCUGCGCGAGGCAGCGCCGACAGAAGCGCAAAAGAAGGAGUGGGGCCUGUGGGGCGGCCUCCGCGGCUGGGGGUGCGGCGGCCUCGGCUGGGGGCUCGGGUGCGGUGGCCUCGGCUGGGGUGGCCUCGGCUGGGGUGGGCUUGGCUGUGGUGGGUGCAUCUAA